AUGGGCUUGGUCUUCGGCAGAGGUCCGGAGCCGGAGAAGUCGACCGCGGAGGAACCUCCCUCGAUGCCGGCUGGUGCGUCCAGCGCCCCUCGCUGGCUGCAACGAGUGCGUUCGGCAGUGCCGCUGCCGGCAGACCCGGCGAAGCAGGCCGCGCCUGUUCACAGCAGCCCCGGCCGAGUCCUCCGGCCAAACAGCGGCCUGGUCUUCGCCAGAUGCGUCUUCUCUGCGCCAAGCUCUCCUGAUGGCCCAGGCAUUGUGGUGGAGCGUGCCCUGGUCGACACGGGCUCUUCAGACUGUGAGCUGAGGGAAGGCUUGCUGAGGCGGCUUCCGGAACUUCCCAUCGUGGAGAGAGGGGUGAUGUAUGAGACCUCAACGGGUGGAGAGGCUUACGAUGCCUACGAGGUGGUGCUGACCGUGGGCGGCCAUCGAUGCGCGGCAGUGCUGACCGUGGUGCCAGAGGAGCGCUUCCAGGCGGGUGCUGAGGAGCCCUGCUCGGACGAGGCCCUGCUUGGGCACAUGGCAAUCGCGGCCCUGGGCUUGGUUGUCGACUGCCCCACUCGAAGUCUGGUGUCCACUCAGGCAACUGAGUCUGUGGGAAAGCCGCAUCAGGCUGAUGGAUCGCCGGCGUACCUGCAGAUGGGGCAGCUGCACGUGGCCAGCUCGAGACCAUGGGCUACACUCCCACCCUCGGCCCCUUUUGUGGGAUCGCUGAGUCAGAUGUGGUCCUCUUACCGGCAUGGCUCGGCCACCUUGCAGCCGCGAUGGCUGCCGGGCACCGGCUGCUCCAUGCCGCUGAUGCUGGAGGGUCUGCCAAAGCUUGCGGAUGCCCAGCCCUGUGAAGUCGAUCCACACGGGUCCCCAAUCAUUCCCGUGACCUACGUGCACUGCAUGUUCAUGUCCCCCUUGCAGCCGCAAGCGGGUGGCCCAUUUGUGAACAUGGCCUUGGUGGACACCGGCUCCUCAGACUGUGAGCUGCGAGAGAGUUAUCUGAAGCAGCUGGGGCCUCUUCCGACGGUGGCCGCCGGAGUCGUCUACGAAACGGUGGCCGGGAGGCACGUCUUCGACUCCUACGAGGUCUUGGUGAAGGUGAACGACCGGGUGGCCGCCGUGGCCGUGACGGGAAUUCCCGAGGAGCGCUUCCACCCGGGCGCGGAGGACCCCGCUUCGGACGAGGCUGUUUUGGGUCUGGCUUCGCUCUCUGCUCUUGGCCUACUCGUGGACUGUGGCCAGCGGGAAGUGCGCAAGAAGGAUUGA